UGUAUUCUCCUUAAGCCAGCCUGGAAGUAGAGGAGUGGCAAGGUCAAGCUGCUGAGAUCCUGAGGAGCAGGGAUGCAGAACAGAACUGGCCUAGUUCUCUGUGCUCUCACCCUCCUGGUCGGUUUCCUGAUGAUCUGCCUGGGAGCUUUCUUCAUUUCCUCUGACUCCAUAUUCCACUGUCAGAAGAACCUGGUCCUGGCAUACUUGCUUCUGCCUCUAGGGUUUGUGAUGCUUCUGAGUGGCAUUUUCUGGAGCACCUACCAGCAAGCGAGCAAAAGCAAAGGGGUGUUCAGCCAUGUGCUCAGACAGUACCUUGCUCACAGGGACCUGCCCCUGGCCACAGUGGACAGGCCGGACUUUUACCCUCCAGCUUAUGAAGAGAGUGUUGAUGCUGAGAAACAGGCCUUGGCUGAGGAGGUAAAGGCCUUGGAUGCUCCCCCACCGCUGUACACAGAGACCGGCCUUGAGCUCAAGGAUGAAAACAAAGCCCACCCAGAGGCCCCGCCUUCCUACCAAGAGUCCAUGGCAGACUUGGUGGCUGCAGUGACGUCAGAAGAUACUGCAAGGCCAAGCCCAGAGCUGAAGGCAGGGCAUGCUGUCCAGCACGCAGGAUGCACCUUUGUGGGACUCAGCAGCUCAUAAGAAAGGUGGGCCAGAGCCUGAGCCGCCACGCUGUGCGGGACAGCCACGAAGUUUCCCAGAGCUGCUUACCCACGCAAGGGCGGCAUGGGGGCCCUGGCAGGGCAUGGCCAGCACCGGCAGACGUUUCAGAGGAUUCUCACUAAUUCCGAGCCAGGUGAGCCUUGGCACCGCAAAAGUGGUGUCCAGGGUGGCUCUGCUCUCCCUGAGGCUUUCUGUCCAGCUCAGCACCCCCUUAAUCAGCUCAGCCCCCAGCAGGGAGGAACACAGGGAGCUCGUUGGGAUAGCUGUGGCCUUCAUGCACGACAUUACCUGAGAAUCCCAAAUGGAAGGGUUCUGGGAAGGAAAAGUCAUUGUCAUUCAAUAUGUGGCUCAGCAUUUUGUUAGCUGGCUUCAUGGUUCCUCGCAUAGACUACGAUACCAGAGCAACUGCAGUAAUUCACAUCAUAAGAGACAGGCUCUUGGAACCCAUGACUAUUAUUUUGCACUAUUUUAUUGUAAUUAUGCACGGUUUUUUCUAAUAUGAAAGGAAAAGUCUGGGCUUUUAAAAUGAUUCAAACACAAAUACUGAAUGAGUUAUUUUUAAGAGGUCCUCAUACAAGCAGAUACAAGGUUUCUUAUAGAUUAAAAUAGAAUAGACAAGUACUUAGUUCAUAAUACACAGAAUUCAGGGUGAAGUGGAAUUUGCAUUAGCCACAGAUAAUAUUAAUACACAAUUUGAUAUAAAUCACGUGAAGUUUUAAAAUAUUGAUAUGUAAUGCAAAGAAUCUCCUUGUAAAUCUCCAGAAUUUGAAAAAUGAGAGACUUUAAUUUACUAGGAAAUUCUUUGUGUCUCAAGAUAGAGCUUUUAACUUCUAGACUAGGGGCAUUUAUUUUAAUACUCAAUGUCAACUGUUAGUUUCCUUACAUUUUGUAGUUUUUUUUAAUGCAAGAGGACAAGUCAGGUAGCAGGGUCCUUGGAUGAGAUGCAACCUGAUGCUUUUACACUUGGACAAGGGUAUUCAUCUCUCGGGGCUUCCAUUUCCUCUUCUGUCAAGUGAGAUGUCCACGCAGAGAGUAAUAUCUGAGUUAUGGCAAGCCUUCUAUAAGACAAACUCUGCGCUAUGACCUCGUGCAU